AUGUUGCUGGAGUCGCGAGGUCUCGCCGGCAGGAAGAGAAACGGACUGACGCUGUCUUCGUUCGGUGUUGGCGGCGGCGGUGGCGGCGGUGGUGGUGGCGGAGGUGGCGGUGGAGGCUGUACCCGCGACGACGGCGACGAGAGCUCCAGUCCAUCGCCCAACAGCAGCCUCUUGAACAAUCUCAACAACAACUGCAACUCGAACCGCCAAUGCGCCACCGACUUUAGCAUCGCGGCCAUCAUGGCCCGAGAUUCGCGACAGCAGCAGCAGUCUCAGGAGUCGCAGCAGCAGCCGCAGACCUCGCCGUCGCCACAGCAGUCUACGCAGCCUACGCAGCAAUCGCAACUCCAGCAGCAGCAGCCGCAUCACCAUCGACAGUUGCAGCAACAGGCCGUCGGCGGCGGCAAGCUGCACCAACACGAAAGGGAACCGAGCGUUUCUGGCGUGGUCCGCGGUGCUCCGGCGAUCCAGGAGUCGAUCGUCGCGGAGGACGAUCCGGAGACGGACGACGCCGGAAGCACCAGCGGCAAAGCUGCUUCCCCCGUGAAUCCUCUGCUUCAGGAACGAUCCAACUGCGAGGAGCUCAGGCACGUGGUGUGUCACCUCGAAACGAAAGACUUGUGGGACAAAUUCAACGAACUGGGCACCGAGAUGAUCAUCACCAAGACAGGAAGGCGAAUGUUCCCGACGUGCAGAGUGUCGUUCAACGGAUUGAAGGCGGACAGUCGGUACGCGGUCUUGAUGGACAUCGUUCCGGUGGACAACAAGAGGUAUCGGUACGCGUAUCACAGGAGCUCCUGGCUGGUAGCCGGAAAGGCCGAUCCUCCAGCGCCCGCUCGCCUCUACAUGCACCCGGAUUCGCCUUUUACGGGCGAGCAGCUUCGAAAGCAGGUCGUCUCGUUCGAGAAAGUCAAGCUCACCAACAACGACAUGGACAGGCACGGCCACCUGGUGUUGAACUCGAUGCACAAAUACCAGCCGAGAAUUCACCUGGUGAAGCGACCGGAUUCGGGCACAGCCAAGCCGAUAACGGACCUCGAGAAGGAGCCUCACAAGACCUUCAUAUUCCCGGAGGCGAUAUUCACCGCUGUCACCGCCUAUCAGAAUCAACUCAUCACCAAGCUGAAGAUCGACAGCAAUCCGUUUGCCAAAGGGUUCCGGGACUCGUCUCGUCUCACGGACUUCGAGAGCUUCCCUUUCAGGGAGACGAUGGAGUCGAUGCUGGCGGAACAGCAGUCUCUGAGGUUUCCCCAUCGGCUUCCGUUCGAGAUGGAUCAACUUCAGGCGGGCGCGGUCAGCAAUCUCAGCCUGGAGGAGAAGGCGUUGUGGGCGGCACGGUCGCAGAUGCUUCUGCGGCAACAACACCACCAGCAGCAGCAGCAGCAGCAGCAGCUGGCCGGAUCGAGCUCUCAGAGUCCUAGCACCGGUCCAGCGGCGCCCCGGCCCCUCUACCCUUCCGCUCUAGCCCUGGCUCAUCAUCGAUUCUCUCCGUAUCACACGGUCGCCGCCCCCAAGUCCUCCACACCGAUCGGAUCGUCGCUGUCGCCUUCGCGGAGAGCCACGCCGUCUCCCACCGACAGUCUCGGUAGGGACGUUCAAGAUCUGUCGCCGUCGUAG